AUGGUCUCAUAUAUUUGCUAUCACUUAGGAUUGAAUGCAGAUGAAAUUCGUUUUACAAAUUCGAGAAUCAUCCCAUUUUAUCUCUGCAACUGCGACGUGGCAAUUUCGGAUUCAGAUUCCGAUUUUUGGCGGGGAUUCAACUUCUCGGAGCUGUUCUCCGGUUCAACCGCGCCGCCCGGCGAGUAUUAUGGUUUUACUGUAGGUGGAUAUGAAGUUUUAGGAAGGAAAAGAGAACGAGAAAUGGAAGGAUUGGUGGUUCGUUCGCCGUUCGUUUCAACAGGGAAGAAGCUUCCCUUCUCGCCUUUGCUCGAUUCUUUGCCGAGUUGUUCUGCUUCUGGCACUGUAAUUGCCAUAACCGUACUGAAAUCGCUGAAAUGUAGAAGAGUUACGAGAUUGAACUGGACGCAUGGAUAAAUCAGAGCACAUUCGUCGAAUGUAAGUAUUGGAUCCAAUGGAUACAGGCACGGGGA